AUGGGUCAAACACUCUCUUCCCCAGGUUCGCAUCUGCCGGUCUCUCUCCAAGCCGUUUCUAAUCCAUUCCUCAAAGCUACGAGCAAAACAUCCGACACGAAUGGCAAUGCCCGUUUCUGGUAUGGCGUAACUGAGAUGCAAGGCUGGAGAAUCACGAUGGAGGACGCGCACGCGACUGUCCUUGAUCUCGAUGAAGGCAAGGAGGAAUCCAACACGUUUUUCGCCGUCUAUGAUGGUCAUGGUGGAAGCACCGUAGCCAAGUUCGCUGGUCAGAAUGUCCACAAGCGACUAGUCAACGAGGACUCGUACAAGGAUGCUCAGUAUGGCGAAGCUCUGAAACGCGCGUUUCUGGGCACCGACGAAGACUUGUUGGCCAAUCCUGCACAUACCAGGGACCCUUCGGGUUGUACUGCUGUGGCGGCAUUGGUGACUAAGGAUAAGGUAUAUGUGGCCAAUGCUGGAGACUCUAGAGCCGUUAUCAGCGUCAAGGGAGAAGUGAAAGCCCUCAGCUAUGACCAUAAACCAACUAACGAUGUUGAGAAGACGCGAAUAUCUGGUGCAGGUGGAUAUAUUGAAUUCGGUCGUGUGAAUGGCAAUCUUGCACUUUCACGAGCGCUCGGGGACUUUGAAUUCAAGAAAAACUACAACCUUUCGCCAGAAAAGCAAAUAAUCACUGCAGAUCCUGACAUUGAAUGCCAUGAACUUACCGAUGAGGACGAAUUCCUUAUUCUAGCCUGCGAUGGCAUCUGGGAUUGUCUCUCUUCGCAACAAGUGGUCAACUUUGUACGAUACCAAGUUUCACAAGGGAAAGACCUUGUAGAGAUUGGUGAGAUGAUGUGCGAGCACUGUCUGGCUCCAGACACGUCUUCUGGGGCUGGUAUUGGUUGCGAUAACAUGACGGUGCUUAUCGUUGCGCUGCUCAAUGGCCGGACGAAGGAAGAGUGGACGGCAUGGAUUACGGAGCGCGUGAAAAACGAAUACGGCUACAAGACACCCAGCGCAAUGCCUCAAUUGUACGCGCAAAGCCGCCUCAUGUCGUUCAAAGUGCGAAGAGAGGCGCAAGAGGCACGUGACAGGGCAAGAUCAGAGCAAGGCGGUUCCGAAGAAAAUUCGUUCGGCUUCAAUAACCAUGGGUUGGGCCAGUUUGCACGCGUGUUGAGCAGCACUGGAGGCAUCUCUUUCCACCCUGGGGGCACCAUUAUGACUGACCAUGGACCGCUCAUGUUUGGAAAUGACGAGUCUGAUGACGAUGAAAGCGAAGAAGACCUCGAGAGUGGUGGGAGGUCCUACUUCAAGGAGACUAUUCUCGGCAGGGACGAGGAGUCUGAUCCCAUCCAGAAGCUUCAAGCACAGUUGGACGAGUUUGAACGCGAUGACGCCGAUGCUCAUCAAAUGGAGGAUGAUGGGGCCGACCAUCCAGCUGUAACACCAGACGAAAAUGAAUCGAAACUGGUCAAUGGCGACGCCACGGUGCCACCAGUUGAACAACACUCUUCAACGCCGGCUGGUGACGCACCCCAUCCGGUGACUGCUGUGGAGGGGCUUAUGGACACAAGUGAAGAUCCUUUAAAGAGUGUUUAG